AUGGUUGCUUGUUUUCUUGUGUUCCUCGUAUUCUUAUCCCAAAGUUUUUCUGUCAGUUACCUGAAGUUCGAAAAAAUAAAUGGAGCAUCUGAGGAAUCUUUAAUUUUUCUGAAUGACGCUAAUCCAACAGCUCUUCUUGAUGCUUCAGCAAAUACUCAAAGGAUAGUUUAUUUUGCACAAAAAAGCCCACCAUUGGGUUUAAAGUUGAAUUUUGCUUGUUAUGUCAAUAAACAAGCGAAACCUUUGGAUAAAGUGUCUUUAUGCUGCCGCAGUAGUGUGAAAGAUACCAAACGUACUUGUGUUCAGCCAGAGGCUGAAGGUACAUUUUCCUGUUUAAAUACCGAGUUUCGCUUCAGUGCUGACGAAACGACGGGGGCAAGUUUCUCAAUUUCUUUAACACAAGAUGGUCCCCUGAGCAAUCCAAUCAGCGGACUGUUUUCGUGUAUUGUCGGUACAGACGAACUCAAUGUUAUUGAAUCAAAUGAAAUAGAAAUACGAGAUGCUGUAUUUUACAUUCUUCAACUAAAGGGUACUCCUUCUACAAAGAUAGAUGUCGUUCCACCAAUAUCAGAAUUUCCGCAUGAGUUAAGGUGUGUAGAUGAUGUCAGCAUUGUAUCACGCUGGCCAUACUGGAUGCACCAACUAGAUGGCAGAUACGGACCAUACAGAUGGGAAUAUUGUCUGACUACAGGCAGACCAAAUGCCAUUACGUGUUCUAAAAGGCCCAUUCAGUUUUCUCCUAAUUCUAUUGUUGAAUUUAUAAAUGGGAGCGUGUAUCUCACUGAUGCACUCCUAGUUGAGUCGAAGUCGAUAGCUAUCGUGUGUAAGCAUGUUGGACAACUUGGACCUAUUAGGACUUUUGCUGGAAAAGUUGCCGGUACUGAAUCCCCUGUGGUCCUUGAAGGUCUUUCAAUCGAGAAGACUAGGAAUUCCAGUACUACUAAGCUGUAUCCUUUAACAUCGCUAACAUCAAGUUAUGUCAUCAAUAAAGGUACCAAACUUCAAGACUUUAUGCUUAAAGCUUUAUAUCGACAACCUCAAGGGGACUAUGAAUUUCAUUGGUUCAAGGAUGAGCAGAUGUUACACAGCAGGAUUGCGACAAAAUACAGUUAUACACUUCCUAGUCUUAUUGAUGAGUCUGUAUCAGGAGUUUACUCACUUGUUGUGAAAUCGAAUGAGGAUAUUUCCGAUAGGUUAAUAUUCACAUACGAUGUUAAAGUCGUUUCACCUCCUUUCUUUAAAGAUCCAAGAUGUUUGAAAGAACUGUUUUACGUAAUGGAAGGGAAUGACUUCGGCUCUGUUUGUGAGUUUGAUGGCAGGUGGAAUACAGUUGUAUUUGUCGGUGUGGCUUCGUUUGAAGCAUCUUCGUAUCAAGAACUUCGCAUGUCUAUUGAUAAAAAUCUCAAGUACUCAAAGCAACAACUUUCCCAGUUGGAUAUUAUUUUUCAUGUAGAUGGAGAAGAAAUGAAUAAAAGAAUUACAGUUAACAUUACAAAACUUAAACUUAAUCAGGAUUGUGAACUAUCUAUUCGUUUACAUUCUAUAUACGGUCAGUCACGCAUAUCGACGUCACUUAAAGUUGUUCCUAAGCCUCAACUCACAAUAUCACCUUCCGAUGAAAAUUGCAUAAAAGGCUGUGAUGAAACUCCGUACAAUGUUUCUUGUGCACUAAAUGAAAAUAUCGUUCAAGAAUGGAAAUCAAAGUUUAAUAUAGAACCAUCUAUUGAUUGGAUCAUUCAAAAUCACUGGACCAAAGCACAUUUGGAAUCUACUGGUUUAGGACAAUUUAUAACUUCUAAUGGUGGACAUGAUACAACCCUAACAGUAUGGCCAGUAGGUAAACCAAUUCCUUUUAUUGUUAAACAUGAAGAAAAUAACAACAAACGACCAAAAGAAGAAUCUGGGAUAGAGGAAGAAGAAGCAAUAGAGAAGGAGAUAAUGAACUUAGACACUGAAGAUGAACCUGUUCAGAUACCUAGUACGACGACACUAAAACAAUUUCUUGCACAAAAAAUAGGCGGAUCUGAAGCUCAGCCACCGAAAGAUCUUAUUUUAAGCUGUUGGAUUCGUUUAUCGGUUAUUGGUAAAGAAGCUGAAUUUGAAAUACCAAAUGGAUUAGUAUCACAUCAGUCAUUUGCACGUCAAGCUCAAUUUGCACAAUCUUCUGGUAUAAAUCGUUUAAUCUAUGAUUCCCGAUGGGAAACAGACACUGAACUAGCGAAACGAUUAACCGCUGUUCGUACAUUUACUCCUGAUAUGAUACCUGCAACUGCUAGUUUCGCAUGGAUUGCAGCUGUGAUUAUCGGUGUAAUUAUUUUUAUAGUUGUGAUUGCAUCAAGUAUAUGGUUGUGUACACGUGAUCGUGGUGAAACUUACAUGGUAUAUGAUAAGGAACGUGCACAUGGAAAUGAUCCAAUACAAGAACUGAAAGAAAAAGAAACAUUUCAGACAUUUCAAAGACAAGAGGAACCAAGAAUUGCAACGAGUCGUUAUUCUUUAAAUGAUGGCAGUGUACGUUUCGAAAGUGAAGAUGACGGGGAAUUAGAUGAAUAUGCAGGUGGUCCACAAACGCAUCCAUUACUUACAACAACAAUAUCUGCACAGCAGCAAUCGCAGCAUCAAAUAAACUCAAAUCAUUAG